UUCCGGGUCACGCACACUCUUGUCCCCAUGCGUUGACAAGCAUGGCGGCGAAAAACAAGCAGCGAAGGAGGAAACCGAGAGCGACUUUUCAGCCGCAACAAAACGACCCGGAGAACGAGACCCACAGCGGAGAUGAGGAGGAGGAGGAGGAAGAUGCCGCCGCCGCCGCCGGUGAAGGUGAAGACGGAGCGAAGGAGAACGAGGAGGAGUUCAGCCUGGACGAAGUCCUGCGGCUCGGAGGAACGAAGGCGGACUUUGUCUUCCUCUCCGGCCUGGACGACACCAACGAGCUUGUGGAUGGAGGCAAGAAAGGCGCCAUAGACGACCUGGAGGAGGGGGAGCUGGAGAAGUUCAUCGCCAAGCUCGGCAUCCGGUCAUUCGCCGGGCAGAACAUCAUCGCAGAUGAGCCAGAGGGCGCCGCCGCAGCCGGAGAGUCUGGCCAGAAGGAGAGUAAGAAGGCCAAAGCCAAGAAGGCAGCGGCGGACGAACAAGCUCAGCAGAAAGUCAGCGGUGACCAGCAGCAGGUGGAGAUCAAUCAGAAGGCCAAGAAGACGAAGGACGCUCAGGUAACCGCCGGGAGGAAGUCCAAACAGAUCGCCAAUGUGUUCGAGUUCCAGCAGCGGCAGGUGCUGCUCAUCAAACCCGGAGGGAAGUGGUUCGGCCUGGAGUACACCGCCGAGGGCUCGGCCGCCCCGCAGGACCCGCAUCUGGUGGCCCAGUACAAGACGCUCGCCCAGCGGCUGUUCGAGGCCGAGGUGGCGCUCUACAAGAGCAAGAAGGUCCUGCAGAAGGGCGCCAACUCCAACUGGAUGAAGACGGUCGUCUCCUCCGGCGUGCUGGCGGACAGGAUGGCGGCCAUGACGGUGCUGAUCCAGGACGCGCCGGUGCACACGGUGGAGCAUGUGGAAAACCUGGUGGCCAUGGUGAAGAAGAAGGGCAGCCGGCGGAUGGGGCUGAUGGCCCUGGACACGCUGCGGGAGCUGCUGCUCUCCGACCUGCUGCCGGAGAACAGGAAGCUGCGCCCGUUCGCCCAGCACCCGUUCGACCAGCUGGAGGAGAAGGCCAGCGGCAACCGUGACGCACGCGAUCGCCGCCUCGUCCUCUGGUACUUUGAGCACCAGCUGAAGCAUCACGUGGCCGAGUUCGUGGCUGCGCUGGACACGGUUGCCCACGACACGGUGGCGGCGACCAAGGCGAAGGCGCUCGCCACUGCCCACGAGCUGCUGUGCGGCCGCCCCGAGCAGGAGAAGGCGCUGCUCAUGCAGGUGGUCAACAAGCUGGGCGACCCCGAGUACAAGACGGCAGCCAAGGCCUCCUACCUGCUGGAGACGCUGCUGCACAAGCACCCCAACAUGAAGGCGGUGGUGAGCUGCGAGGUAGAGCGGCUCAUGUUCCGGCCCAACGUCAGCGCCAAGGCGCAGUACUACGCCGUGUGCUUCCUCAGCCAGGUGAUCCUGAGCCACGACGAGGCCGAGCUCGCCGCCAAGCUCAUCGCCAUCUACUUCUCCUUCUUCCGCGCCUGCGUCAAGAAGAAGGACAUUGAGUCGAAGAUGCUGAGCGCGCUCCUGUCGGGCGUGAACCGCGCAUACCCGUACGCCGGCGCUGGCGACGAGAAGGUGAAGGAGCAGCUGGACACGCUGUUCAAGGUGGUGCACCUGGUUAAGUUCAACACGGCGGUGCAGGCGCUGAUGCUGCUGUUCCAGGUGAUGGACUCGCAGCAGACCGUCUCCGACCGCUACUACGUCGCCCUGUACAGGAAGCUGCUGGACCCGGGCCUGUCGUCGUCCUCCCGACAGAGCAUGUUCCUCAACCUGCUGUACAAGUCGCUGAAGGCCGACAUCGUGCUGCGGCGGGUCAAGGCCUUCGUGAAGCGCCUGCUGCAGGUCAGCGCCGAGCAGAACGCCAGCUUCGCCUGCGGGGCGCUGUUCCUGGUGUCGGAGGUGAUGAAGGCCAAGCCGGGCCUGAAGCUGCUGCUGCAGGACGACGGGGACGGAGAGGAGGAGGAGUUUAAAGAUCUCGCCGAGGAGGAGGAGGUUGAUGGAGAGGAGGAGGAGCGCUUCGUGGACGCAGACAAACCGCAGGAAGCAGCGAGUGCAGAGGCGGCAGCAGGGAUCAAACCCGCGGCAUCGUGGGUUCAUCAUCAGAACCUGGAAGGAGGUAAAAACAUGCUGCAGAGCUACGACGCGCUGCACAGGAACCCGUUGUUCUGCGGCGCCGACCACACAACUUUGUGGGAACUACAGAGGCUCACUCUGCACUUCCAUCCCUCGGUGUCGCUGUUCGCCAAAACCAUCCUGGAGGGAGGAUUCGUCCUGUACUCCGGUGACCCGCUGCAGGACUUCACCCUCAUCCGCUUCCUGGAUCGGUUCGUCUUCAGAAACCCCAAACAGCUCAAGGGGAAACAAAACACAGAUACUGGCGUGUUGGGGCCCAGACACAGGUUACCUGUCAACUUUCUACCAGUGAACUGUGACGAGUUUCUGUCUAAAGAAGAAAGUCAGAUCCCAGUGGAUGAAAUCUUCUUCCACCGCUUCUUCAAGAAGCGUCAGCAGGAGAAGCAGGUUCGUCGGCCGCGCCGCGACGGCGACAACGAGAGCGUGGAGGACGUGGACGAUGACGAGUUUGAGAAAAUACUCGAUUCGUGUGAGGGAGACUCGUACUUCAUCGACCUGUCCAAAGAGGACCUGGACUUCGCAGGUAACGUGAAGAGUAAAAAAGGAAAGAAAGGCGCCGAGGACUCGGACGACUCUGACGGCUCGGACGUGGACGACCUGGACGACGAGGAGCUGUCGCUGGGCAGCAUGGACGAGGAAGACUUCGGAGAUGAGCUGGAGGACGAAGGGGGAGCGUUCAUGGAUCCUGACGGAGACGAUGAAGAAGUUCCAGAAUUGGACGACGACGAUGCUGCAUUCGGGGAUUCAGACGAUGAGACGGAGGCUCCGGUUAUUUCUCCUCUCACCAAGAAGAAGACCAAGAGAAAAUCCUCAGAGGAGAUCGACUUCUCAGGAUCUUUGGGCUCUAAACCAGGGGGGAAGAAGAAGAAGAAGGGAAAGAAAGACGUCGCCAUGUUUGCUUCUGCUGAGGAGUUUGGCUCGCUGCUGGAUGAAAACGCCGGCUCCAAGUUCGACAACGUCGGGCUGAACGCCAUGGCCAACAAGGACAAAGCAGGUGUGAAGCAGUUGAAGUGGGAGGCUCAGCGCGACGACUGGAUCCACGGCCGCGACGUCAAGACGCUGCGCAGGAAGAAGACUGCAUUCAACAAGAAGAAGACAACCACGGCGACGUUCGGUCGAAACAGGACGACGGGGAACAAAAACAAGAAGAGGAAGUAGAAGUGUGGUCGUGGACUUGUGAUGGACGCCUUCACUUGCUUUUGACCGCCCAGACCUCGCGGUCUUUCUCGCGGAUGCCGUAAUUCCCGUCCCACUCGUUGGCCUUGUAGUAAACUGGGAGGAAACACAAACUGGUUUCAGAUUCACAUCAGCUGAUGGAGACUUUUCUCUCACUAACGAGAUCAGAUGGUCACAAUGUGAAGAGCGGCCAUGUCUAGUUUGGUUUAUGGAUCAUUACUUUGUUUAAUAUUUUACAGUUCAAUAAAAAUCUAUUGUAACUAUAAUAAUCAACGUUCCCGUGUCACAUGACGACGCGUCAAAUAAGUUAGUUAUCGUUUACUGAUUUAAGUUUCUUCAGUCCUGUAAAUGUACGUUAUUCUUUUCCUCAGCGGGCGUCAUCAAAAUGAAUAAAAACACCAGAUUGUCCCUUUAA